AUGUUCGGAGGCAUUGGAGACGGAAGAAACCUGCUUGCCUCACUCGGGCGACUCACAGCUGCCCAAACGCAGACUUUGAUAUCCGACAAACGCAGCUUUCAUUUCACCAUUGUCGACCUCAACAACGCUAUCAUUGCUCGCAAUAUACUCGUCAUUAUCAUCCUGUGGGAGGUCGGGAAAGCCAUUGCUGAAGAGAAGUGUGAGAUGGAGAAAGAGUUGCUUCCAUGCCUCUAUUACACUUACCUGGUGCCUAUCAUGCCUACAGAGGUUCACGCUGUCUUACAAAAGAGGUAUGAGUUUGCAAUCGAGAUGCUCGAGGAUGCGAGGUCGAUGCCGCCCGUGCUCGAGGUUCCCAACAUGUAUCCAGCUGGUAUACUCAGGGUACUCCGGCAAUGGCAAUUCGAUGCCGGUAGACAAUUCCCACCAUGCAAGCUGCGUUCGGAAGUCGUGCAACAGCGGCUGUACGAUGUUGAACAUCAACCCUUUGGAGGCGACAUGAGUGCACCCUGGGGCUGCGAGAAGGAGGAGAUGUUCUACCGCGCCGCUGGAAUCUUGACUCCUCCAUCUUUUACGGAGGGUCUUGAGACAAAUCUUCUACAUGCUUACCAGCGCUUCAACGUUGCGCGACCAAACGACGUCUCGAAGGAGGUCUUGAAGGCAGUCGACGCUUCUUGGAAGACCAAUGUUACCACGAUCGACCUUGACUGAGAGGCUGUCAAUGGAGAGAACCCCGAGUUCACCUUAGGGCACAAUCCAUUCUCGCUUGGUGUGUCCCUCACGGCCGGUGAGCGUCAGGCUCCCGCCGGACGUACCGGCCUGUACGAUGUAAUCAAGCCUUUCUUCUCUUCCGCUGCCGAUGCUGUCAACCGCCUCCAAGAGCGACUCAAAGUUGAGGCCUGCGUGAGAGACAUCACAUGUGUACUUGAACAAAUCAGAUACGGUGUUGUCGGACAUCGUCAAGGAGUCGAGCCUUCAGGCAGUGUUCAAGAUCUGCCCACUUCAACACAAGUACAGCGAACAAACUUGAACGGCCAGAAAGACGACGAGUAUCCGAAGAUGUACGACCGCAUCCAUCUGUCGAACAUACCCGACUAUAUUGGAGGCAGUCUUGCGACAUUUCUCUACGCAGCGCCAUUGGUCUAUCCUGGAGAUGCUUCAUACGUUACGUUCAACAACUUGCGCAACCCGGGAAGCUUUAUGAAGUUCGAGCAUUACAACAACGAAUAUGCCGUCUUGAGUAAUGAAUCGGAUUUACGGACGGCUUUCCAAGUGCGCACGGGAGAGCGCGAUAUGUUCGAGAGCUUCAUGUCCUUUCCGGUCUCGCGAUAUACGAAGUGGCACCAUCAUCCGCUGGAGAAAUCGUCCUCAAAUCUCAUGCCAGCAAGCCGAAUGCGGACAUGGCUCUUGCAGCUCUUCUUCAAGAUUGCCAUUCCGAAGGAUCGAAUUCCUCGCGCAAAUAGCCUCGUCUUUUCGCCGAUGAAUUUGACCAACUUCUGCCGCGUUUGCAGACAUCUCCAUAAUUCGGGCUACCCGGCUCAUUGGAUAAGUGAAGUUCUGGAUGAUGUUUACUCCGGGACCGUCUUGACGAGAGCGAGACCACCUCGAUCUUGUCCAUUGCAGAUCAAGGAAGUCCGGGCGAACAAGACAGGACCCGCACUUGCUCAGUCGACACGGCCGUUUGUGGCCGAAAUGCCCACACUGGGAAGUAUCUGGCAAUUCGCUCUUCCGUUUGGUAUCACGUCACCUCUUAUGCCCCCUAUCGACCAGAUCCACAAGUACUCCAUCAAGUUCGGAAACAUCAGGCAGUUUGUAACAGAUACUUCCAGCUUUAUCCUUGUGCUAUUCUUCAGUCGUCACUACACACCGGCCUCGGAAGGCGUGACACCCCCCUUUCCGCAAAAAGAGUCUUUCCGGCUUAUCUUCCUGAGCGAUGAGGAAGGCAGGACUUCGAAGGGGAUCAAGAAUCUCAGAAACAACCUGCAUGCGAUCUCGACUUGGCAAAGGGACGGGAAGAAGGAGACUGCUUCUUUCUGGAUGAGGAAGGAUGUGAUGGAGCCUUUGAGGGAGGGCAAGGAGUGGGUGAUUGAGGUUUGGCGGACGGAUGUAUGGAUGCGUCAGUCGGCGAUGCAGUACGCGAAUCGUAUCAAGGACGAAGGGCCGUUUUCGACCGAGGAGAGAGAUUCGAAGUGA